CCUCUUCAUUUGAUUAUUGAUAUUGAUGCAAGGCAAAAGCCUAAUCCUACAAAUCCUAAAGUGCUUUCCUUAGAUGAUAAAAAAAUUACACGAGAAGAUUUGUUAUUUCAAAUUUUAGUUGCUUGUGCAGAUGCAUUAAGCCUUAUUCCUGAUUAUUAUAGAGAACUUAAGAGAUUCACAGAAAAAGUUAUAGAAUUAGUUGGGGAACCUUAUUCGAAAUUUAUUGAUUAUGGCUUUUCCAAAACACAUUUUAAUCUUCAGCUUCUGAGAUCAGCUAAGGAACAUC